AUGAAGACCGAUUUCAAGUUCUCGAACUUGCUGGGCACAGUAUAUUGCCAGGGAAAUUUACUCUACAGCCCAGAUGGCACCCAUCUCUUUUCGCCUGUCGGCAACAGAGUCACUGUUUUCAACUUGGUAGAAAACAAAUCAUACACCCUCCCCUUCGCUCAUCGCAAAAACAUUGCCCGUAUCGGACUUACACCCCGCGGAAACCUCCUCCUCUCCAUUGACGAAGAUGGCCACGCGAUCCUGACCAAUGUCCCUCGGAGGAUAUCCAUAUAUCACUUCUCCUUCCGAUCUUCUGUCACGGCGCUCUCGUUCUCCCCAUCAGGCCGACAUUUCGCUGUAGGACUGGGCCGCAAGAUCGAGGUCUGGCACGUUCCCUCUACCCCCGACGCUUCUGCCGAGGGCGAGCUCGAAUUCGCUCCUUUUGUUCGAUACCACACCCACACCGGCCACUUCGAUACUGUUAGCCAUAUUGAGUGGUCGAGCGACUCCCGCUUCUUUCUCACAACCUCCAAAGAUCUCACAGCGCGGAUAUGGAGUCUGAACCCCGAGGAGGGCUUCACCCCAACGGUGCUCUCAGGCCACAAGCAGGCCGUCAUUGGUGCGUGGUUCUCAGAGAAUCAGGAGACUAUCUAUACUGUUAGUAAGGAUGGUGCAGUCUUUGAUUGGCAAUAUGUCAAGCCCAUCAACCGUAUUGAGGAGAACGACAAGAUGCAGGACGACGAUGACGACUCGGAUAUGCGAUGGCGCAUUGUUCAAAGACAUUACUUUAUGCAAGCAGGUGCUCAUGUGCGAUGUGCUUCUUUCCACCCGGAGACGAAUCUUCUCGUUGCUGGCUUCUCCAACGGACUGUUCGGCCUGUACGAGAUGCCCGACUUCAACAUGAUCCACAAGCUGAGCAUCUCUCAAAACGAUAUUGAUUUUGUCACCAUCAACAAGACCGGCGAGUGGUUGGCGUUUGGCGCGUCAAAGUUGGGCCAACUACUGGUGUGGGAGUGGCAGUCUGAGUCUUAUAUCCUUAAGCAACAAGGCCAUUUCGAUGCUAUGAACUCGCUUGUCUACUCACCAGACGGCCAGCGUAUCAUCACCACUGCCGACGACGGCAAGAUCAAGGUCUGGGAUAUCCAGUCUGGUUUCUGCAUUGUUACCUUUACUGAGCACACCAGCGGCGUGACAGCCUGCGAGUUUGCCAAGAAGGGCAAUGUCCUCUUCACAUCGAGUCUGGACGGUUCCAUUCGAGCUUGGGAUCUUAUCCGUUACCGAAACUUCCGAACUUUCACAGCACCAACAAGAUUGUCGUUCGCCUGCAUGGCUGUCGACCCUAGCGGUGAAGUCGUGGCUGCUGGCUCUCUCGAUUCCUUCGAUAUUCACAUCUGGUCCGUCCAAACAGGCCAACUUCUCGAUCAGCUAUCGGGCCAUGAAGGUCCAGUGUCGUCUCUCGCAUUUACACCUAAUGGCAACUCUCUUAUCAGUGGUUCUUGGGACCGCACUGCACGUAUCUGGUCAAUCUUCAGUCGAACACAGACUAGUGAGCCUCUGCAGCUUCAAUCUGAUGUCCUCGACAUUGCUGUUCGACCAGACUCUCUCCAGCUAGCUAUCUCGACACUAGAUGGCCAGCUGACUUUCUGGUCCGUCACAGAUGCUGAGCAGACCUCUGGAGUGGAUGGCCGAAGAGAUGUUUCUGGUGGACGAAAGCUCACGGAUCGUCGAACAGCAGCAACCAUGGCUGGCACAAAGAGCUUCAACACCAUCCGAUAUAGCACCGACGGAAGCUGCCUUUUGGCUGGCGGAAACAGCAAGUAUAUCUGCCUGUACUCCGUGACCACCAUGGUGCUGUUGAAGAAGUUCACUGUCAGUGUGAACCUUUCCCUCGCUGGCACACAAGAAUUCCUCAACAGCAAGCUGCUUACUGAGGCCGGCCCAGCUGGGGAGCUCGAUGAUCAAGAAGCAUCAGACCGUGAGGAUCGCGUUGAUAGCUCGCUGCCUGGAUCAAGACGUGGUGAUCCUUCAGCGAGAAAGAAGGCACCUGAAGUCCGUGUAACUGGAAUUGGGUUUUCACCCGCCGGUACUGCCUUCUGUGCUGCCUCGACCGAAGGUCUUCUGAUCUACAGCUUGGAUCAAGAUAUUCAGUUCGAUCCAUUCGACUUGAACAUGGAGAUCACUCCCGCUUCGACCUUGGCUGUUCUCGAGACCGAGCGAGACUACCUCAAGGCACUGGUUAUGGCUUUCCGCCUCAACGAAGUUGGUCUUAUCAAGCGUGUCUUCCAAGCCAUUCCCUCCCCCGAAAUUCCCCUCGUCGUCGCCGACCUACCUACCGUUUACGUCUCUCGCCUCCUCCGCUUCGUCGCCGCUCAAACCGAAGAGUCGCCACACAUUGAGUUCUGUCUUGUCUGGAUCAAGGCCAUUGUCGAUAAGCAUGGUACCUGGCUUUCUGCCAACCGAGCCAAGGCUGAUAUCGAGUUGAGAGUUGUUGCGCGAGCCGUGGCCAAGAUGAGAGACGAGAUCAGGAGACUUGCUGAUGAGAAUGUGUACAUGGUUGAUUACCUACUGGGCCAAGCUGAGGAUAAAAAUGAAAAGAAGGAUGUGAAAACUUUGGAUAGCGGAACAGAUGUGGAUGUAAAGCUUAUGGCUGUUGACGGAGACGAGGAGUCUGAGGCGGGAUCUGACGAAUGGAUUGGUUUAGAAUAG